CUCCCAAAGAAACCCAGUGAUUGAGUUCUUUACUCUGUUGACUAAGCUAAUUAAGUUUAUAAAAAAAGUCUAUGUUUCUUAAUCAAAUCAUUGCUGUGAAUAAUUUCAAUCAAACUUUUAACACACUUCCACAAAUUGAUAUCAACUCAAUUUAGCUGUGUGGUUUAGUAUACACAUUGCUCAGUGCUUUCAACAAUCAUUGGUCGUAAGUCGUCUAAGGUCUUCCUGUUGUGUGUGUGUGUGUAUGUAUGGUGAGCAUGCUCAGACCAAUUUCAAUCCCUUUCAUGAACGACUGAUUAUCAGAAUCUGUAGCCUAAGUCCAGGCACAGCAGCAGCAUUAAAUUCUUCAGUGCAAGCGGAAGACGAGGGGAAAGAGUCGGCAUGGCCCACAAAAGCGACUUCCAGUUCUCCAUCAGGGAAUACAAACUCUCAGAUCAAGAUGUGGUCAUGUCACUCUUUCACGAUGGGAUACUUGAACAUGUUUACCCAGCGUUUUUCAAGGCAAUAAGCAAUCCAGACCAUGUCGGGAUUGCUCUCAGUAUUUCCAUGGCUGGCUACGUCCUUGGAGGUAGCUCCUAUUUCCAAGCAUUGCUCUUUGGGACCCUUUGGGCUGGCUUUAUUUAUUACUGCUGCCAUGACAUCUACGAUAGCUACAUGAUGGGGAGGCUAAACACAGACAUGGCCGACAUUCAAGCAAGCUACCUGGAAAUCCCAGACAAUGGCUUUUGGGUGGCAGAGGCAGACGUCAACGGUCAGGUCAAGGUGGUGGGAAUGGUGGCGGUGACGGGCCAAAGGGGGGUGGAAGAAGGGGAAAGGUUUGACGACUUGAACGGUGGAGUGAGCGUCACAGAGUUUGCUCAAGACGCAGGAGACAGAAGUUACGCCCGGAUGACUCAUGUGGUCGUGGCAUUCGCGUGGCGCCGCAGAAACCUGGGCUCGCAGCUCACACGGAAGGCUCUGGAUUUCUGCAAGGAUCGAGGCUUCUCCCGCUUCGUUAUGGCUCUUAGCUCACCACAGACCGCGGCCAUUUCUAUGUGUCAAAAACUAGGCUUUGUUCAAACGUCAUCCUACCAUAACACCCAUGCUAAUCCCUGGUUCUCCAAAUUAGCAAGAAUAAAUGUGAUUGAAAUGGAGAAGUUAAUUUAAGAAAAAUGGACACUAGUUUGACCUCAACACCUGAGACUGAGCAAAUAGUUCAGUAAAGCAAGAAUAUUCCAACUAAUUUAUGUUUAUUGUCAUUUUUGAUUCAAACCAUUUUC